AUGCAAGCGGUCCACUCACCGCUGCAGGUUCCCGAGCGCUACUUGACCCCGUACAGCUUCAUCAAAGACCACAAUCGCAGGCAGUUUGCCGGCAUGGCGUCAGCCAUGGACGAGGCCGUGGGCAACAUCACGUCGUCUCUGCAGCAGGCGGGACUCUGGGACAACACCGUCCUGGUCUUCUCAACAGGGGGGAAGCUGGGAGAGUCGGCCCGCAGAGAGCCAGAGCAGCUUGAAAAGGCAUUAAGGAGCUUUUCCAGAACAGUUCGGGAAUCGGCACAGACUACUUCCUGGACUCGUAUGACACAGGGAGCCCUGCCUGGAUGUGAUUGGUCAGAUAACGGAGGUCAGCCAGGGUUCGGCGGCAGCAACUGGCCGCUGCGAGGGAGGAAGUGGUCGCUGUGGGAAGGAGGGGUCCGGGGAGUCGGAUUCGUCGCCAGCCCGCUGCUGAAGAAACCCGGGACCGUCAGCCGCGGACUCAUGCACGUCUCCGACUGGCUGCCAACAUUUGUUGGCCUGGCGGGAGGGAGCACCGACGGCACGAAGCCACUGGACGGAUUCAACAUGUGGAACGCCAUCAGCAACGGCUUCGCCUCACCCAGACUGGAGCUGCUGCACAACAUCGACCCUCUGUAUAUUGACUCCCGCCUUGCAGUUUGUCCUGGCGCCGGGCGCAAGUUAACUUUGGCUCAGAUGGUCAGCGGAGACUCCUGGCCCAACUCUGGCUUCAAUGUGUCCAUUCACGCCGCCAUUCGAUCCUCAAACUGGAAGCUGCUGACUGGCUACCCGGGUUGUGACCUUUGGUUCCCGCGGCCCGGCCACACCACCUCUGAGAAGAUGGAGCCUCUGAAGUCCGUGAUUCUGUUUGACAUAGAGAAGGACCCAGAGGAGAGGGAUGAAAUAUCCGCUCUCUUCCCCACAGUAGUAGAGUAUCUCCUCGGGAGGCUCCAGGAGUACCAGAAAUCUGCUGUGCCGAUAAUCUUCCCCGAUGAAGACCCCAAAUGUGACCCGGGCCCCGGUGGAGCCUGGGGAAUCUGGGCUUAGACGGCAAUGACAUGAUGAAGGUGGUAGCACCUUGUUUACUGUGAAUUACAUCAGCAGGAA